AUGGGCGCUGAUAAGGAUAAUGUGAUCGUGGCUGUAAGAGUUCGGCCAUUCAAUGAUCGGGAGAAGCAGAGAAAUGCCCAGCUCAUCAUUAAUAUGCCCAAUAACACUGUUACCGAGAUCAGGUAUGUGAUUGUCGGAAACUGAAAUGCGGUACAGCAUACAGAAUGCAAUGAUUUUGAUAUCAGUUUGACAAUCCUUUAGAGACCCAAACAACCCAAAUGACGAGCCCAAGAGGUUUACUUUCGACCACAGUUAUUGGUCGCAUGAUGGCUACAAAACCGAGAAGAAUGGUUAUUUCAGUCCGGCUAAUGAAAAAUACGCCGACCAGGUGAGGUUUACUGAGCAUCAUUAUGAGUAAUCAUUUAGAAAAAAGUGUUCGACGAUUUGGGAAAAGGAGUCCUGGAUAAUGCCUGGAAGGGAUACAACUGUUCCUUAUUUGCCUAUGGCCAGACUGGCUCGGGGAAAAGUUAUUCUAUCGUGGGGUUCAACAAAAAUAAAGGUAAACUUUGUAAUAAGAUAUUAUGAUUAUAUAGAUUUAUCGAAAGUCGGAUGCCUUAUGAUAAUUUCUAGGUAUUGUCCCUAUGGUAUGUGAAGACUUAUUCAAAAGAAUCGACAAGAAGAAAGAAGAGAAUCCGGAAAUAGAAUAUCAAGUGUCCAUCUCGAUGUUGGAGAUCUAUUGUGAGAGGAUUCGAGAUCUUCUUAAUCCAACACCGCCACCAAAGGGAGGCCUGAAACUGAGAGAACAUCCCAAGACUGGGUUCUACGGUAAGAGACAAACGUUACAAGACUUCCCUACAUAAGAAGCUUACUUUUCUAUGCCAAAAAUCACCAUAUUUUCAGUGGAAGGACUGAGUAGUUCGCCAGUCAACUCUUACAAAGAAAUUGAAGCCAAAAUCAACGAAGGAACAAAAUCUAGGACCAUCGCGGCGACAAACAUGAAUGCAACUAGUAGUCGGUAAGAAAUUGAUGAACAAAAAAUAUAAAUUUAGUGCCCACACAAUUGUAAAAUUACAAUUUGUUCAAAAAACCGCCAAAAAAGGAGGAGAAGGAGCGACAACCAAAACCUCCGAGAUAAAUCUGGUAGAUUUGGCUGGGAGGUGAGGCUAAUUUAGACGCAAAUUAUGACUUUUAUGUUAACUUUUAAGUGAGAGACAAAAGGACGCCGGAUCUGAAGGAGACAGAUUGAAAGAGGGAAUCGUCAUAAACCAAUCCUUAUCGACGUUGGGAAGAGUCAUCAAAGCACUUCAUGAUAAACAAAAUUCGAAGAGGACAGUCCAAGUAAGCAUCAACUACCAGUACUUAAAUAUUUCAGGUGCCAUACCGAGACUCUGUUCUCACCUCUCUCUUGAAGAAUGCUCUCGGUGGAAACAGCAGAACUAUUAUGGUAAGACAAGUCUUUAUACCGCGAUUACUUUCUCACUUUAGAUCGCUGCGAUCUCCCCAGCUGAUAUUAAUUACGAAGAAACGUUGUCCACACUGAGGUUUGCUGACCGCGCGAAAUCAAUCAAAACAAUGGCUGUGGUCAACGAAUCCGCAACCGAAAGGCAAAUCCGAGAAUUACGAGAGGAAAACGAAAAAUUGGCAAAGCUUAUCAAGAAGGGAGCUGUCGAUGGAUCAGCGGCUAGUCAGGUAAAAAUGAUUUUUUUAUAAUUAUUAAAAGUCGUCCAAAUUGCUGAAGUAUUAAAAUUGAGACCUAACUUGUUCCAAAUUAGUCAGGAUUGCUCAAAAAAGCACUCCGCAAAACUCCGUCCAAUAUCUUAAAGCAAUAUUUAUACCCUACUGUUAGGAGAAGGUGGAUUUUAUGAGUUUACUCCUUCGACAACAAUACAAGUCAAAAAAAUUGCCUUUUUCUUGUGUACUCCCCCCUUUUAUGGGCACGUUCCCGAAUAGAAAUAUCUAUCUGUAUGUUCGGGAUAGGGCCAACUUUAUACGGGUAAACUUUAGAACUAAUCUUUUGAAAAAAUUUUCAUGCUGACUAUCUAAAUUUAGGAUGAAUUGGAGAGUCUCAAACAGCAGCUGGCCGAGAAUCAGAAGGCGAUGGAGGAUCUGGAGAAAUCAUGGCAGGAGAGGCUAAACGAGGAGAGGAAAAAGGUUUGUAAAGCGAUAAAAUACGAGUAUCUUUAAUUAAAAAAAUAAUUACAGUACGCCGGAGAAGACCGUGCCGAGAUUGAAGCCAAAAGAAAGACCGUCGCCCAUAUGUGGAAUCUAAACGAAGAUCCCGCUCUAACAGACAUGGUCGUUCAUUUUAUUCCUGAAGGAGAAAACAGAGUUGGCAAUGGGCAGAAUGGACAAUCAGCCAACAUUGUGCUCAAAGGAUUGAGUAUUCAACCGGAACAUGCGAUAAUCCGGAAUAAGGACAACAAAAAGUUUACUAUUCAGCCAAUAAAAGGGGCUGAUAUUAUGGUGAAUGGAAAACCGGUGGUGGGGGAAGUUGCGCUCAAUCAAAACGACAGGUGAGAAAGUAUCCGAGAAACAAAUUAAUACACGGAAAGUCUCAACAAUUGAUUUUGUAGAGUUCAUUUUGGUGGCAACCAUCUUUACGUUUUUGUGAACCCGAAGAAAGGCGGGAUCAAAACCAAUCAAGAGAUCACUUACGAAAUGGCGCAAAAGGAAAUUGCGAAGAAUGUGGGCAUAACUGGAGGUCUAAGCAAGGGAAAAUCAAAGUGUAAGUUACCUUAUAAGCAAGCAACAGAUUAUUCUACUAUCAGAUUUUACGAUUAUUUUACUUAUUUUAUGUUGUCAAAAUUUCAGCUGGAACUUACUUGGAGGAAGACCUUAUCAACCUUCUGCCCAAUGUCUACAGAGCCAAUGCAAUGGCCAAGGAGCUAAAAAGGAAUGUGAACUUUGAGAUUGUUCUCAUGGCACCAGAAGCUCGAGGUCAAAGUGAUGGGGAUACGGAGGUAAUCCAUUUAUUCAGAUUAAGUGUACUGUAAUUCCCUUGUAAUUUAGCGCCCAUUUUACUAAAAAUCAAAUUCCAGAUAUGUGUUCGAGUCACAAACAAAUCAGACGACACAACUUUCCUCUGGGAUGAGCACAAGUUCAUGAACAGGUACUACGGAAUGUCCGAGAUGUAUCAAAGUUACAUGGACAAUGAUCCCCAAUGGAAUCUUCCAAGGGACAAAGACCCGUUCUACGAGUCAACAGACUCCUCGGUGGAUGUCGGCACAGCUACCGUGUAUCUGAGAAGCCUAGCAUUUUUGGUUGAGGUCGAAGAAAAUUAUCCGAUAAAUGAUAUCCAGGGAAGUGAGGCCGGACAACUUUCAGUGGCACUAACACCUUGUAAUGCUAACGGGAAGGAGAUUCUGGGCGAGUUCGUGGAAGAUCCGAUGGAAUUGGUGGGUACAAUACGAAAGGAAAACAAAUAAAAAAUGUUUUAGGUCGGACAAAAUCUGGGGUUCAAAGUGAAGAUUUUAACUGGAUUAAAUUUACCGCGGAGAGUGAAAGAGACCUGGUGUAGAUACCGCUUCUUUGACAGAGAAGAGACCUCGACUCAGAAGGCCAAAGGAAACAAUCCAGCGUUUGCGCAUGAAGAGUUGUUCAUGUUCAAACCGGUUUCCAAAGAGGUCAGUUGACAGUUGGAAUUCUUUGUAUUAAUAUACGGCAUCAGCCCUACGACUAAAUAAACCUUUUCAGUUAGUCGAAUACCUCCGAGAUCAAGCUCUUUGCAUCACAGUUUGUGCUACGCAACGGAUCAAAGAGAACGAGAAACAUACAGCCGAAGUCGUGGAGAAGAUUAACAACUAUUUGGACGAAGGAAAAGCGAAAAAGAGAUCCAAGUCCAAGAAUUCGGUGAAAUCAGCAAGAAGAAAAUCAAAGGACGGAAAGGAAAACAAGAAGGAGAUCAAUGGGAAUGCCAGUUUCAAUGGGAGCGUUUCCAGUAAAGAUACUGCAAUAUCCGAAGAGAAGCGAGAACCAAGAGCGGCGGCGGAACGGCCCAAACCAACGCUGAAUCGGGACUCCAAAGCUAAUGACCAUCACGACCGAGAGAAUGGAAAAAGGUAAACAAACUUAACACUAAAUAACGGCUCUCUUAAUACAAUAUUCAUUUUCCAGUAAAGAAAGAAACGGAUCAGCCAAACGAGAGUCCAGCAAAGAUCGCCGUCAGUCCAGGUCUACCGACAAAAAGAAACGAAGCGCAAGUGAAAAGAGGAAAUCGUCUAAAUCAAGGAAGAAACCGUCCGACACCAAGUCGAAUUAA